CCCGCGGGGCGCACAGUUUGGAUCGUCCGUCGUGUUCCCGCCACCAUGGUGGACGUCAUGGAGCUGCCCAAGUCGCGCAUCAACGCCAGCAUGCUCUCUCAGUUCAUCGACCGGCCAGUCUGCUUCGUGGGGAGGCUGGAAAAGAUUCAUCCCAGUGGAAAAAUGUUUAUUCUUUCAGAUGGAGAAGGGAAAACUGGAACUGUUGAGUUGAUGGAACCUCUCGAUGAAGAAAUCUCUGGAAUUGUGGAAGUUGUUGGAAGAGUAACAGCCAAGGCAACCAUCAUGUGUGCAUCUUAUGUCCAGUUCAAAGAAGAUAACAAUCCUUUUGAUCUUGGACUUUACAAUGAAGCUGUGAAAAUUACCCACGAGUUCCCUCAGUUUUUUCCUUUAGGGGUUACACAACAUGAUUGAUCCUGACUGAUUUUCUUAGGAUUGCAAGUGAGCUACAGUGGAGAAUAUUAAAGGAGUCCUCAUAUGUAUGAGGAAGAGAUUCUUGUGGUUUCUAUUGUUUUCUCUUUAAUAUUUCAUGUACUAAACUUUAGAUAUACCAGUCUAUAGUUUUUGAUGGAAUUGGUAUAUUGACAGUUCUCACCCAAGUCCUCUUACAAGGAAUUGUUUCUCUGGAAUAUGCUUGGAUGAGAUGAAAGAUCCAAGCAUGUGUGUGAGCUUAGUUUUCUAUUUUAUUAAUAAAAAUUAAAAUGGA